CGAAUUCCCAAGUGAAGGCAUCAAGUAAGCUCAAGCCGGAGCGUCGAAAAGGCGCGACACGAUUAGCGCUAUAAAACCGAAAUGGCCUUUACUCUCUGCAGCAGAGUCGCGACUCCAUUGCUAUCACCCUCUGUCCUACGACGUCGUUUACCUCUGGUUGGUGCGUUUUGCGUACUGAGCUUCGGAUUCUCCAAUCUCUUCGUCUCCAAAACGGGCUCCGCUCUGUCGCUGCCUUUCGCACCUCUCUUGAGAUCGACGUUUGGAAGUCAAGGACCUGCUAGGAACGUGCAUUUGAUAAAAAUGGAAGGGAAUAGUGCCGCGGUGCCUAGCAUUGUUGUUUAUGUCACUGUUCCUAACAGGGAAGCAGGUAAGAAACUAGCUGAAAGCAUUGUCAAAGAAAAACUUGCUGCUUGUGUUAACAUAGUUCCCGGUAUAGAAUCCGUCUACCAGUGGAAGGGAGAGAUCCAGACAGACGCUGAGGAACUUCUGAUUAUUAAGACCAGGCAAUCACUUCUGGGAGCACUGACAGAUCAUGUCAAGGCAAAUCACCCAUACGAGGUGCCUGAAGUUAUUGCUUUGCCUAUCAAUGGUGGCAGCAUGGAGUACCUAGAGUGGAUCAAGAGCAGCACGAAGGACUAAGUUUCUCUGCUUUAACAAGUUUAUUCGACUAUAUCAAGUAUUCUGUUUAAUUUGGUAUUAUUCGACUAUAUCAAUAAACUUGAUGCUGUCUUGUAAAUAACAGUCCUUAUUUGGUUUCAAAGAGUUAUAUCUUUUGUUCAUCUUA